UUCAUUAGCAGCAGCUGCGGCGGCUUCUUCUUCUUCUUCUUAUUCUUCUUCCCGGAGUUUUUCAAGUCCGGACUUCCUGGUUACGGGACCGUGGAAUUGUUGUGCUCCGCUCCGGCGGAGGAAACGACCCGCAGCGGUGAGACCGAGCCUCAGGAGCCGGAGAGGCGAGAGCAAGGUCAUGAGUGCCUUUAGGAAACGUCCAGUGGAGAAGAACCGCACCUGUCUGAAGCCCCGCCCUUCCCGGGACUUCCACCAUGACGUCUGAUACUGAGCAGGAUGCGGCGCUGAAACUUGACAAGGAGCGAGCGGAGAUCGUCGCCAAAUAUGACAAAGGUAAAGAGGCGACAGUGGAACCGUGGGAGGACACAAACUUCCACCUGUACAAGGUCGUCGACCGCUUCGGCUUCGUUCAUGAAAAUGAACUUCCAUCGUACGACUCGGUGGAGGAGAAGCAAAAACACGUGGAGGUGGAGAGAACGGGGAAAUGGCUGAAGAUGUUGAAGAGUUGGGACAAAUACAAGAACAGUGAGAAGUUGGCUCGGCGAGUGUACAAAGGGAUUCCUCUGCAGCUGCGAGGAGAAGUCUGGAGUUUGUUGUUGGAUAUUCCAAAAAUCAAAGAGGAGAAGAAAGAUUUUUACGAGAAAUUAAAAUCCCGAGCCAGAGGAAUCUCUCCGGACGUGCGACAGAUCGACCUGGACGUGAACAGAACGUACAGAGAUCACGUCAUGUUCAUGCAUCGCUACGAUGUCAAACAGCAGGCUCUGUUCCACGUCCUCACUGCUUACUCCAUCUACAACACGGAGGUUGGUUAUUGUCAGGGAAUGAGUCAGAUCACAGCUCUGCUGCUCAUCUACAUGAACGAAGAAGACGCUUUCUGGGCUUUAGUGAAACUGCUGUCAGGACACAAGCACGCCAUGCACGGCUUUUUCGUUCCUGGUUUUCCAAAGUUGAUUCGUUUCCAGGAUCAUCACGACCGGAUCCUGAAGAAGAUGAUGCCCAAACUCAAACAACACCUGGACAAACAGGAAGUUUUCACCAGUCUUUACACCAUGAAGUGGUUUUUCCAGUGUUUCCUCGACAGAACUCCGUUCACUCUCACUCUGAGGAUCUGGGACAUUUACAUCCUGGAAGGAGAAAGAAUUCUUUCUGCCAUGAGUUACACCGUCCUCAAACUGCAUCGCAAACACCUGAUGAAGUUGUCCAUGGAGGAGCUGGUGGACUUUCUUCAGGUCACUUUGUCCAAAAACUUCUUCCUGGAGGACGACGUGGUGAUCGAGCAGCUGCAGGCGUCUGUUAGCGAGCUGAGGAGGAGCAAGCUGGAGCUGCCUGCUCCAGGUAAAGACGACGAGUUUCCCACGAAGCCUCUGGGUCAGCUUCCUCCUGACCCGACCGCAGCUGCGUCAGUCAACCACGUGGCCAACGGUCAGAGCCACGCGGAGCCGGCCGAUCCGCCGCGGAACCCGAGUCCAGGGGCGGACCCUCGUCCCCUGAGUCGCUCUCGCCGGGACUCCAUGGAGAAAUCGCUGCGUCAGCGCAAGGCGGACAGACGGGACGGUCACUCCCGGGGGUCGGCAGAGAUUCCCAACGGGCAGCAGAAAUCCAUGGCAACCACACCUGAGAGGGGAGAAGCUCCGCCCACAGCGGACCGAGGGAAGCCUCCGAGUCACCACAACCACAACUCCAACGCCGUCCCCCACAGAGACUUCGCCCCCCGCUGGUUCAAACCGUCCGACACCAAACUGGAGGCGGUCAAAGCGGCGGCGCGGGAGCGGAGCCGAGCGGCGUCACCGGCUCCUUCCAGCUCCGACGACGCUGCGCUCGCCCACCGCCGGCCGCGCGGCAGAGGCUUCGUCACCGGCGCCGACCGAGGCUCCAACGCCUCGCAGUACGACAACGUGCCGGGAAUACCCGAGCCGGAGUUUGAGAUCCUGGAGCUGGAGCGGCCGCCGUCCAGAGUGAGGACGCCUGUGAACGCGUCGCCCGUCCACCAGAACAGCCCCAACCGCGGACCCAACCUCGCCGGGAACGCCGUCUCUGCCGCGCCCAGGACCACCAGACAACAACUUCCUCCUCCACUUUCCCACAACAGUCCACCGGGGGGCAGCAGCUUCCCUCAGUACCAGACUCCUCCGAUGCAGCCGUCGCCAAACGGGGCGGAGCUGCCCGUCUUGCACCCGGCCUACGGCACGAACGUGGACCGCAGAGCCGACGUCAGACUCUAUGCUCCGCCCACCAGGUUCUCUCCGCCCUCCAACACAGUGUACGCUGAACAGACGUACGCGACCACGCAGCGACAGCCCGGCAGCUUCUCCCCGGAAAAAGCUCUGAUGAACAACUCCUUCGCCACGUACCGCAGGGCACUACCGCCAGGCUCCGCCCACAGAGGCAGACCGCCGCCAGAACAAGUGCUGCAGCUGGAGACGCGGGGAAGCUCCGCCCCCGUCUACCUGCAGCAGCUCAUGUCCACCGCGCAGGUCUACGCGCACAGAGGGAACUACGUGACAGACGGGGGGGAGCAGCGAGUCAUCGACGGGCGCGUGUGGGCGUCGCCGCCGCAGGACAGCCAGUUCCCUCCCCCUCCGGCGUCCCCGGGCGGAAUGCCGCGAUCGCCGAGUUUCCAGCAGGCACAGAUGUCGCCGCUCAGAGAGUUCACGUUCCCCGCCAGCGCCGACGAUCUGACUCGCUACGGGACGCCCGUCCUGCGACAGCAGCGCCCCCCACUGUUCGGAGGACAGCACUACAGGCACGCCCAGGAGGCGUUCGCCCUGCAGGAGUCCAUGCUGCUGUGAGCACACACACACACACACACACACACACACACACACACACACACACACACACACACACACACUGACCUUUAGUCUCCGACACUGUGGUGAAGACGAGGAAAAAAAAAAUAAACUGACUGAAGAUUUAAUUUUAUUUUUGGAUGUAAAUCUUUAAUGAGACGUGACAGUUCAUAUAUCUAUGUAUAUACUUACAUAUAUGUAUGUAUAUACAUACACAU